AUGAGGCAGCUGGCGCCCAUCCGCUGGGUCGCCCAGGCCUGUCUGCUCUGCCUGCUCUGUCUGACGCUGCUGUCACCAUUGACUGUUGCCCGCUCAUUUGCGCUGCCACUUGGGGUAUCUUUCGAUACCCGGGGAAAUGAACUCACCACGCGGGCAGACGAUGAGAAAUUCCUGCUGAGAAUCAUGCCUCUCGGUGCGUCGAUCACCCUGGGCUACAAAUCCACCGAUGGCAAUGGCUACCGAGAAUGGAUUCGACAGCAACUCCGUUCUGAAGGCUGGCCGGUGCAGAUGGUCGGCAGCCGACGGUUCGGCAAGAUGCGUGACAAUCGCAACGAGGGCCACAUCGGCUUCAGAAUCGACCAGUUAUCCAAAAAGGCUGAAGAGACUAUCCCCGAAAAGCCAAACCUGAUUCUCAUCAACGCGGGCACAAACGACGCCCUACAAGACUACCAGAUCUACUCUGCCGGCCUUCGCAUGGGUAAGCUCGUCGACAAGCUGUUAAGCAGUAUCGACGGAACGACCAUCAUUCUCUCCACGCUCCUCCCAAACAAGAAAAAACCGGAGAAAGUCGAGAUCAUUAACGAGCAGUUCCGCGACCUGGUCGCAUACCACCGCGCAAAGAAUGAUCGGAUCGUCCUAGCUGAUAUGAGCAAAUUCAUCACAGCCGACGAACUGGUCGAUGGGAUCCACCCAGACGAUGCCGGGUACGAGCGCAUGGCCUCGGUCUGGUGGGCGGCGUUCCAGACGGCGCAGAGCGAAGGCAUGCUGCAGAAUUUCAACUACACAGUCAGCGCGCUCAAAGAGAAGAAGCUGGACGACAAUACGACCGACCCAAACCUGCCGGCCUAUUCUGCACCUGCUCAGCCGACGGUGACGGGAGGGCAGCCGCCGUUUGGUCGAGUACAGAUCUGGGUGCUGGUCUCCCAGAUAUUUUCUGUCUAUAUUGGCUUUUCUACUAUGUAUAUGUAA